CCUUCUCUUUCUCCUUCCCCCCCUCUCUCUGGAGUUCCUGGCUCUUUGCCAACAUCAAAGGUAUCUUCAGGCCACGACCUCCACCUCCUCUGGACCAUGAGCUUGGACAACCUGUUCGAGGAGAUACUGGCCACGGAGCAGAAGGUUUUGGAGAGAAGACAGUUCCUCCAGGGAGUGAAAUCAGAAAUGAUCAGAUGUAAUGAAAAACUCAGAGAGGUCAAAGAAGAAUUAUGUGCUAACAGAAUGACAUUAGAGUUAAAGAAACAGGAGUUCUCAGAAAAAAAAUUCCAUUUGGAACUACUAAAGAAACGAGAGGAAAGCUUAAAGAAACAAAGAGAAGAGAUAACUAGAGAAAAUAAUAUCUACCUCGAAGCACUUAAAGAAAAGAAGAGGAAAUAUACUGAGGAACGAGAGAAAUUUGUUAGCGAGAUUUCAGAAUUUAACACCGAGUACGACCUACUAAGUAACAGAGCAAUUGUAAUUGAAAUCAAAGCAAAGACAAAAAUAUGUGACUUGGAAGCAGAAGCCAGGUGCCUGGAAAGUGAUAUGAAAUGCCUUGAACAAAAAAACGUUCAGCUGAAUGCACUCAAACUGCAGAAAAAUGGGGUUAAAAAAGAGAUUCUGCAACUUCAGGGCAAAUAUCAAGAUUUUAAAGAUGAACUGGCUGCAGCUUUUUCUCACACUCAGACACAAGAAGCAGAAAAAGCACAGAUUUGUCAAAAACCACAAACAGAUCAUGAGUUUUUAAGGCUAAAGAACGAGUUGGAAAUGCACAGAGAAGAUGACUUGGAAAGCGUUUGUGAAGCUCUUCGAACGGAGAUACAGUUCCUGCAACUGAAACUAUCUCAGGGCAAACAGCAACAGAUGAACAACUCGCGUGUCACUUCACAGUGGGGAACAUCUGAAUUGUCAAAUGAGCAAGAACACGGUCUGAGCCAACAACCAUAAUCUGACAGAAGAAGAGAGGAUCAAUAUUUGGAACGUCAUCAACAGAUUAUACCGCUGUGAUGCAUUGCCAGAAGGAUUA